CCCCAGUCUGACACAUGCAAGGACAGACGGACAUUAGACCUGAAAUGUCCCUGCAGGGAGAAAGUAGUGACACCUUCAAACUGGACGCUUCGUCUUUCUGCCACAGAGUGAAGAGCAGGUGAGGUUAUCAGAAUGGAUGAUUUAGAUCACAGCAUGCACAUUGCAGAGUAUGACUGGACGAGCUUCUAUGAGGACAGUGAGGAGUGUGGCCUGCUGCAGCCUUCGCUCGCCUGCCCAGAUAACUUGAGCCUCAGUGACUCAGAGGAUUCGGGGAAGUCAAGUUCGGUCGUCAGCACAGACCAACGGGAGCUGCAGCGGAGCCCUGCCGCAAACAGUGAUGAGGCUGCAGGAUGCUGCGAGGAAGAAGUGCAGAUUAAACAGCCUGAUCUCACCAUGAAGGCUGAAGAAGACCCUGAAGGACGGGUGAAGUCUGACAUACGUCUCGAUCAUCCAGAGGAGAAAAGAUUUACCACAGAGGAGACAAACAUCGCAACAACACUGCGAACUGAGCAACUUUACGUGCAGUCCUCAGACGGCGACGCGCAAACGGAGAGCGACACCUCAUCCAUACAUGAAACUGACCCAUUGUCUGGCAGCCAAACAGAGCUAAAUGUGAGCGAGCAGCACAGUGCCGACAGAGCUGUGGGCAGUGUCGCUCUCAGGGAAGAAAAAGAGCGCUGGUUCGUGACGGUGAACGACAGUCCUGCACGACAGCGGGCGCGUGCAUCGUCCAUGAAAAAAAAACAAAGAAAAAAAAAAGCUUCUAAGAACAAUCGCGCCCGCAGAGCCCCACCUGAAAAUGGCUUUGUGUCAGAGGUGACUAAAGGUAAUGAUGUAUCUGAAGGAGGGAGGAGGGCAGGGGGCAAAACACAACUGAACCAAAAUGCUGAGGAAAAUCCUGGGAGCGUUCAGACGGGAGUCGUUUCGGAUUCAACAUCUAGUGUGGAAGGCGGUUCAUCAGACAAACUGGUCACAACAGAGAGAAACAACUGUGACACAUUUCAAACUAGCGACCCUUCCCGGUCAGACAGUGUUGAGUCUGACGAGCUUGAAGACAGUGUUGAGUUCCUCUCCGUGCACAGCUACGACUCUGAAAGCUAUCUGUCAGCAGCUGAAUCAGUGGAGCAUCUUGUCAUGGGAAGCCAACAGUGGCAGAGCUCAUCAUCCCUGACAAACAGCCAUCUGUUCAGUCUGACUGGGAAUACUGAUGCUGAGCGAGAAACCCAGUCCUGUCCUGACAGUCUCUCCACUGACUGUGAAAGUUACGAAAGCACCGAUGUUGAGCCUACCCUGACUUUUCCAUCUGCGGCCCAAAGUGUUAACAAAACGCCUGAUGACGUCUCCACGUGUGGUAGCGACACACGAGGCGCGCUGCUCUGUGUGCUCUCGGAAACACCUGGACUCCAAAAUGAUGAAAUUAAUCUUUCAGCAUCUGGUUGCUCUUCAGGAGGUCAGCUCGGUCUCCCCCCUGUUCCAGAUGUAAUCCUUACACCUUGCCCUGUGGCCGACGGCCCCGAAACAUACGCCGAAGCCACAGGCCCCACUCGACCCGUGUUUGCCAUCUCUGCAUUUUGGGACGAAAUGGAAAAACUCACCAUAAAUGACAUCUUACAGCUCAGGAUGGGUAGAGGCUCACCUCUCAGCGACACAGAGGAAACAGUGACACCGAGUGACGAUGACUUCCCAAGAAAUCCCAGCUCUUUGGCCGACACCGUGGAGUAUAAUUCAUUUGAUGGUGGCCUAAUGGACGCAUCCGACGCAAAUGACUCAGACUAUUUCACGCAGCCUGACGAAUCCAAACCAGAUCGCUCGAGCUGCGAGUUCUCCACCUCUGACUUUGAAGAAGAGUACUGGCAGUUUCUAGGUGCCAGCAGGAACCCCAGUCCUGACCCUCGGGGCAAAAACCAACAAGGGACAUGCGGCUCACCUUUAGUCGCACGCGAUGAAGAGGAGUCCACGUGCUCUGAAGGAAAGGAGACACCUGUGCCUCCGGAGGACUUAGAAGGGGAAUCUUCAGAGGAUCAGGAAUCGGGACCUGCGUGGCCAAGACCGAUAGCAAAAAGCAAAAGCGUGCGCAACGUACAAGCUUUGAACACAGAGGGUUUGUCUUUGCUUGGCAAUGACGAGAUCAGCCUGUUUCUCAGCGGGAGUCCAUCUCUGGAGGAAAACAUGCUUUUAAAAGCAAGUGACAGCCUGGGAAUACCAACACCUGCACCUUUUCUAUCCAACGUAGACAAACUGGCUGAACAUACUCAAAUCUGUUACCCUGAAGUGUUUGAGGACUUUUUCACAGAGGACAGAGCAGAGAGAGACUCCCGCUGUGUCGUUGUCUUUGAUCCGGAGGACAUCUCAGCGGCUCCUGUGUUUGACUUCACUCUUUGUACGUUCGGCGAUGAAACGUCGCUCUGUCUCCUCCGUGAGUCCCAGCGCAGCGAGGACAAACCCAUCCCUAUUUUCUCUUGUUCUCAUCCCACCGUCAGAGAGCUCACAUUCCCAAAUCAGGACUACGUUUUCCUGAGCGUGGACUUCAAGGACGAGGGCGACAUCUCUCCAAUCAGAAUGGUUUCUCGCCGUUUCUUCCAGGGCAGUGGCUCUGGGACGUCUGCGGCAGCCCCACGCGGAUUUCCCGGCUGGAAAAGUUUGCUGUCGAUAAGGAAGAUUCGCUUCCACGACAAAGGCAGCAUCUGGUGCAGAGGGUCCGGUGCCUGGGUGUUUCCAAGUGAGGAGGUCACCAAAGAGAGAGCAGAUGCACCAGUAACUGCGCUCGCUUAUACUCCUUCUCAGCUGUGUAGAGAGCUGGCAGUGCAGCAGAGCCUUUUGGAAACUAUGCGGACAACAAGACGAGAUGGCAUCUUUUCCACACUGAAGCAGUCAGAUAUGUGUUUGGUCUGCAUCGCCUUCGCCUCCUGGGUGUUAAAAUCCUCUGAUCCAGAGGCUGCCGAUGCCUGGAAAGCAGCUCUGCUGGCAAACGUGAGCGCGCUGUCGGCUAUCCAGUACCUGCGGCAGUAUGUGAAGAAGAGGAACCCUUCUCGCGAUGAUCCCUGAGAUGUGCGCACAAGAAAAAGAUGUCAUUUCCAAACAUCUUACCCCUGGGUCCAGCAAACUGAUGAUUCAAGCCUAAAGUUGCUCAUUUUUAGUGGAGGUACAUAGUCUGCAAUAUUGUUACAUAGGUUUCUUAUUCCAUGAAAAGACUCCAGCCAAAUAUGAAUUGAUCCUGAUGAGUACUGUCUGUGUAACUGGAGUCUAAUAGAGCUUAAUCCUCUGUGACAUAAACUAAUGCCCGAACACAUGAGUGAACAUGGGCACUGCAGAGUCAAUCCCACAUACUUGGUCCUGAUGAUGUAACUGUUCACUCGCACAUGAAGUCAUGGACUGUACCCAAUUUCAAAGAAUUAUCACAUUUUUACAUAUAGAGAGUGAAAAGGCAAAUGUGCAGUAAUCAGUUUCAAAUUGAGUGUUAGAGCUGAGUGGGUGAGAGGGAUUAGAUUCAGUGUAGGCUAAAUGUAAAAUGAACAUGCGCCACAUUUGUAGCCAGACUUCAUAAUAAAAUAAAUGUAAAUGCUACAAAACUACAGUGCCUUUUUAAAAAAAAUCACAGUUAAUAUUCAAGACCUGACUUACGCCUUUAAAUUUUAGGAAUGAGAUGGCUUUAGGGUUGAGAGCCACAGACAGGAUAGAGAAAGCAAAAUACACUGUUUGGUUUUGGUCUUUUUAUGGGAUUUUUUGACAAUAACACAAUUAUAGCAUUUCAACAGUGUUAUCCUUUAAAUAUGGAAGAAUUUCAGUAUUGAUAUACGGACCAUUCUGUAAGUACAGAAGCUCAUAAUUUUUACCACAUGUUGUUUGUGAAUAUCCCGAUGUGCUCAGCAUGUCCCGUUGUACGUUAUUCAGCUGCUGUCAAGCUAAGUUGUAACAGAAGCUCUCUGAGCAGAUUCAGAGUGUAAGUGAAGCGUCUUUGUAAAGGAUAAAAAGAGAGGAUGAAAAUGUGGACGAAAGAUGUAUGUUGUAUAGGUAGGUCUGGUGUGUUGGGAAGUUACAAGCAAAGAACAGUAGGUGACUUGCAUUGAUUAACACAGUGGCUUUGUGACCCUUUAGUAAUAUAGUGUCUGCUCACAGGCUGCAUUUGAGCACUUCAGUAAGUCAGUCUGAAAAGAAGAAUAUAACUCUGUGGAGCAGAUUUUAGUUUAUUUUUCUUGUUUCCUGCUCCAGUAGUAGUUUAAAGGCCAGUGCACCUGCUGUGAUGCAAAAAAAGACUGUGUGUAAGCUUUGUGAAUGGCUAAUUAGUAGCUCUGCCUUUUUAUAUAUGCAAAACAAUACCCCCGACAUGUCCGUUGUUCUUCUCUGUUCAUGUGUUGCUGCCACUGUUUACAACACUUUUCUAUCUACCAGCAGAGGAUAUCUUAUCACUUAAUAUCUCUUGUCAAACAAGACUGGAUUCAUAUGAUUUUACAUAUAUGACAGAUUUUGUGCAAUAAUGCAAUAAAGAACAUGAAUACCC